GGGUGAUUGAGAUGUUGGAGGUGAAAUGGGUGAGGAUGAAUGAUACUAUAAAUACUCAGCUCAUUCCCCCGUCCAGCGACCUGCUGAACAGCCUUCCGUCCGGGCGUGACAUUCAUUCGCCGCCAGGCCCGUACAAGCUGCCGGCUUUGGACGACGAGCAGCUGGCGCAAAUGCGGGCACCUCCGGAUGAUACCGGGAGUAUCAGUGGUGAGAGCGACGAGGAGGAAGGUGACGAGGGAUUGGGAGAGACGCACACGCCGGGGGCGUACCCGGAGCGGACGGAGAGUGCAUAUUAUUGACAUAGUCUCUCGAUUUUUUAAACCGUGUUCCCUGGUGUUAUUUGGAUAGAACCCGACAGCUCUAUAAGGGCCGGAUCGAAUAUAAUAUAGCAGCACAUACUACACUGUCCAUGCCGUACCUAGCAACCGGUAUCUUCAAUCCAUUGCCAGCCAAAGACUUCAACCAGCAUUGGCAUCUAUAUCCACCGGAAGGAAGCCCCAGCUGAACAUCUACCACCGGACACGAAGUGAUAAUAAAAAAGUUUAUAAAUAAAAUACAA